CUUAGUGCGCAUGCCCAGCCCCUGCUUUUAUUCAGAUAGUGGAAAUCCUUUCCUCCGAAAAUCUGCGAGAAAGGACCGUAUAGGUAGACAAAUACGUGGAAGAAACUAUCCCUGAAAUAAAACACAAACCGCUGCUUUAAAUCACGUUUCUUACGUUUAUUGAAACAUCCGACUAAUGAGUGAUUUUUGGAGCAUACACGGUUCUUCGGAGUGAAAUGGAGGUGUUAAUGAUGAGCGACCGCUUCACGUAGGACUGGAAACCAGCCUGAACAGACACAGUCAACCACCGGACUGGAACCAGCCUGAACAGACACAGUCAACCACCGGACUGGAACCAGCCUGAACAGACACAGUCAACCACCGGACUGGAACCAGCCUGAACAGACACAGUCAACCACCGGACUGGAAACCAGCCUGAACAGACACAGUCAACCACCGGACUGGAAACCAGCCUGAACAGACACAGUCAACCACCGGACUGGAACCAGCCUGAACAGACACAGUCAACCACCGGACUGGAACCAGCCUGAACAGACACAGUCAACCACCGGACUGGAACCCAGCCUGAACAGACACAGUCAACCACCGGACUGGAACCAGCCUGAACAGACACAGUCAACCACCGGACUGGAACCAGCCUGAACAGACACAGAGAGCAGAGCAGAGGGGACUGAAGCCAGCCUCGACAACCACAGAGAGCAGAGCAGAGGGGACUGAAGCCAGCCUGAACAGACACAGAGAGCAGAGCAGAGUGGACUGAAGCCAGCCUCGACAACCACAGAGAGCAGAGCAGAGGGGACUGAAGCCAGCCUGAACAGACACAGAGAGCAGAGCAGAGGGGACUGAAGCCAGCCUGAACAGACACAGAGAGCAGAGCAGAGGGGACUGAAGCCAGCCUGAACAGACACAGAGAGCAGAGCAGAGGGGACUGGAAGAAUGUCAGUCUGACGGAGACAAAGACUGUUGUCCUGUUUUAUUCUCAAUCUUCAAGACUUCCACCCCCUGGAUGGUGUGCAGCAAGCAGCAGGACACAGCUGCUUGUGGAGUAUGGGUACAACUGCCAGCGCAGCGCCACAACCUAUCUCUGUCUCAGGCUCCAUAUCCUCUGUAGCAGCGCACCAGCAUCCUCCUACGCUUGAGAGUCUCCAUGGCAACGGGGCGGUGAACAGCAGGCAGUCUCUCAGCAUGAGCUCUUCCCAGACGGUGAAGAUCCACAGCGGCAAGGCCAAGUCUAUCAUCACUAACAAGGUGGCACCUGUCGUUAUCACAUAUAAUUGCAGACAGGAGUUUCAGAUCCACGAUGACCUCUUCAGAACAAACUACAAAGUGGGCCGGAUAUCAGACUCCAUGCCUGAACACUACUUGGUACAGGGUGAGUUCUUCAUGGUCCAGGACGUGUACAGCAAGGCUGACGUCCUCAACACUACUGGCAGCUACGGAGCGCCAAACUACCGCCAGGUGAAAGGAAGCUACCCGCUGUACGGCAUGGGCCAGCCCAGCCUGAAUGGCUUCAAACAGGUCCUCCAAAGACUACAGAGUCAAGGGCAUGAGGAGGUGAUGUUCUUCUGUGUGCGUGAGGAACCGGUGGUGUUCCUGCACCUGGAGGAGAACUUUGUUCCAUACACCCCCCGGAGGAAGGAGAACCUCCAUGAGAAUCUCCAUGGCCUGGACAAGGAGGAGACGGUGGAGAACCUGGAGCUCACCAUCAGGAAGGAGCUCCACGACUUUGCCAAGUUGAACGAUAACGUUUUCUACGUGUAUAACGAUAUCGAGCACUUCAAGGGCGAGCCUCAGAGGAUGACCAUUACCUGUGAGGAGGACAUCCACGUCACAGAGGAGGUCUACAGGAGACCGCUGUUCACCAUGCCACUCUACAGGUACUACCGGCUGCCACUACCGAUGGAGGGAGCACCUCUAGAGGAGGAUUUUGAUGCCUUUGUUACUGUUCUCAGGGAGAGCCCCAACCUGUCUUUGAGAAGGGAUGUUUCCAGGCCUCUGCCUGCCCUGUUGUUCAGCUGUCAGGUGGGGGUAGGGCGGACCAACCUAGCCAUGAUCCUGGGGACCCUGGUCCUCAACCACCUGAAGACAACCCAUGAACCACCACAAGUGGAAGAGGCAGAAGCCAAGCCCCUGUUCCAAGUCAUUCAGACCCUCAUCAACAGACUACCUGAAGGACAACAGGUCAUGGAAGAGGUUGACCAAGCGAUCGCUCUGUGUUCAGAAAUGCACAACAUAAAAGAAGCGAUAUAUGAAAAUAAGAAGAAGCUUGAAGCGAUCGGAGAUGAUUAUCAAAUUCAGGGAAGCACGACCAAAGACUACUUUCUCCACAGAGCCAUCCAGAGCCUGGAACGCUAUUUCUACCUGAUUGUGUUCAACGCAUACCUUCAUGAACAGUAUUCUCUUGGCUUUGCGUCCAACUUCAGCCAGUGGCUGUGUGCUCACCCCUGGGUGUACCGCCUGCUGGCCUGUAUGGACCUAUCAGAACUCUCCGCUCCGCCUGAUCUCGUCACCAAGGGAGCCCGCGUUCUGGUUGCUCAUGAGUACCUGUCUCCAGACAUACUCAGCACAGUGAAGGAGAUGAAGGUGGCUAACUUCAGAAGAGUCCCCAAGAUGCCCGUCUACGGCAUGUCACAGCCUACAUCAGAGGCGACGGGUGUGGUGUUGACCCACCUGACGGAUGAGAAGAGGAAGUACAGCCACGUCCUGUGGGUCAACCUGCAGGAGGAGCUGGUUCUGGAGGGGAACGGACAGGUCUUCACCCCCAGAGAGCCGUCCUGUCUGGAGCAACACAUCCCUGUCCCUGCCACAGACCCCACACAGAUUGAGAAACUAGAGACAGCCCUGGGAGAGGAGGUUCAGAGAGCCCAGAAGUGGCUGGAGGUCACUCUGGAGCAGGAGAAACAGAUGAAGAUGUUUAAAACCUGUCUGACGGUCCAGGAGGUCUUCAACCAGUACCAGAGAACACACCAGGGACUGCUCUAUAAACGCAUCCCUCUGUCAGACUGCUGCGCCCCCAAGGAGGAGGACUUUGACCAGCUCUUGGAGGCCAUGAAGAGUACCUUGGCUGAGGACUCUCGCUCAGCCUUCGUGUUCAACUGCUCCAACGGCAAGGGAAGAACCACAACGGCCAUGGUCAUAGCUGCUCUCACUGUCUGGCACUUCAAUGGCUUUCCUGAGUUUGGUGAUGAUGAGAUUGUCAGUGUUCCUGAUGCCAAGUACACCAAGGGAGAAUUCAAGGUGGUGAUGCAGCUAGUUAGACUACUGCCGGACGGUCACCAGAUGAAGAGGGAGGUGGACAUGGCUCUGGACUCAGUCAGCGAGACCAUGACCCCCAUGCAUUACCACCUCAGAGAGAUAAUCAUCUGUACCUACAGACAGAUUAAAAGUGGUAAGAGUGAGAAGGAGGUGCAGCAGCUGCUUCUGAAGAGUGUCCAGUAUCUGGAGCGUUACAUGUACCUGAUCCUCUUCAACAGCUACCUGCAUCUGGAGAAGAAAAACUCCUGGCAACGAUCCUUUACCACCUGGAUGCAACAGGUGGCAGCCAGGGCCGGGGUGUACGACCUUCUCAACCAGCUGGGUUUCUCUGAGUUUGAGAACCUUCGGGACACGCCACUCGCCAGGCUCCGCUGCCGCUGGCAACGACAGAACAUCCAAUCACGUCCCUUCAGGGGGGCGUUCAUCUGAGCUGAGGAGAGAUCACCGUGAACUGCCAGACUAUGGCUGCUUCUGAAAUGGUACUCUAUUCCCUAUGUAGUUCACUACUUUUGACCAGAGCCCUCUGCACUCUAAAGGGAUUAGGGUGCCAUUUUAUGCAACCUAUGUCCUCCUGUGCUUUUCUUUUUUUAUACCUUUAAAAUGCAAUAAUUUUUUGUAUUUUAAAAUGUAAUAAUGCUUUGUAUUUUACCCUCAUAUCACUCCGAUACUGUAUUAUUAUAAUAGUGCUUUUUUCAAACCCACUACCAAUGUUAUUUAGUAUUUGAAUGGAUUACUGUUUUAGUACUGUCAGUUGAUAUUUCCUGGUUCUGAUGCAUCUGCUCUGACUGCUGCCAAGAUUCAAGUUGACAUUUAGACUCAUUUGCUCUAUUGUUUCAUUGUUAAUAUAGGAGGAGAAUGAAUUCAUAUUUUGUCCUUUUUGUUUAAUGAAAGAAAAGGCGAGAACUGCCUCACUAGUAUGGGCCUAUAGGUUUAUCAAAGGAGGUGUAUAUUCACCUGGCAGAACAAACAGCUUAGCCAUUAGGGGUUGAAAUGAAGGUUUAAAGUAGGGUUACUUUUAGGGUUAGAAACAAGGGUUAUGUUAAGGUUAGUUUGAGGUUACGCUAAGGGUUAGAGGUAGGGAAAGGCUUAAACUUUGGGUUAGCGGAACUCCACCGCCAUAAAUAUUCUGCCGGUUAAAUAGACACCACCUUAACCAGAAGACAGAAUUGUAUUUGUCUGUACUAGAAUGUAUUUGAAAGUUUCUCCAGUUUAAAAUAUUGUUGAAACUGCAGACUUUUAAAAUGACAGCUUCUUUGUUUAGAUUGAAUACAUUUCUGCUACUUUUAAUUAACAUACAGUAUCAGUGUCUCCAAGUCCACUCCCAAGUAUUCGUUUGCCAAACUGCUGUAGAUGCUGCCAAAGCUAAGCUUCUGCUCUGUGUUUUACUGCUGUUUGCAUGUGCCUCGGUCCUCAGUUCUUCACAGAAGUUUCUCCAAUCAUUAAAGGGGUAAUCUGCAUAAGGUUCAUCCAUUUUUAGAUAUUUUUUCAAUAAUGAUAUAUACCAAUUGAUCCUUGAAGAAUAUAACUUAUAAACGCCUCGCGUUAAAUCCAACUGUCGUACCCCAUCAGAACCAAAAAUAUACGCUUGUUUUACUCCAAGGUUUGUAAACGAUGUCAAUGUAAACACUGUAUAGCCUCAAAACAUGGUUAAACUAUAAUGUUGAUAUCAUGGAUGGUCUGUCCUUGUAUCCAUGGCGCCGUCUAUGAAUUUGAGUGGUUACAUUUUUCCAGAACCAUCCCUCGGCCUUUUACCAAAACAGUGGUGGGGUGGACGCUUUAUGUGUUUUGAACUGUGAAUUUCCCCUUUUUAAAGGGUUAAUAUGGGAUUGAAACAAGAACAAAGCAGUCUCUCUGCCACCUGUUUCGGUAAACAGCUGAGGGAUGGAACUGGAGAAAUGGAACCACUCUCAAAUUCACAGACUGAGCUCUAAGCAGUGACCAUAUAUGUACUAAUCCCAGAUUCUUCCUUUAACUGAUAUCUCUGCAUACUUGGAACAGCUGCUGAAACCAUUCAUGCAACCCACUCAUUUGAGGUUUCCAACUUGAGUAAAAGGUGCCCCCCCCCCCUUCUUGGGAUAUUGAGUGUGUCCCAAAUUUCACCCCAUUCCAAACAGUAGUGCACUACUUUUGACGUGGGUCCAUUGUGCUCUGGUCAAAAGUAGUGCAGUAACUAGUCGUCCACCUCCACACGGUGUCCUCUUCUCUCCCGUCUCCUGCUGUCUUCUGUCUGUGUUGUUAAGAAAGUGCAUUUUUAGGUGUUUGUCAACAAAAUAUUAUAAGGAUAUUUUGAAAAUCAGCCUCCAAGAACAGAUAAAUGUUUUAAAAUAUAUGUAUAUAUAUUGGUCAGUAAAUAAAUGCAGUUUGUUUUCACAUAAAGUCAGUUCUGAGGGCUUCUGGGAAGGAUGUGUCCUUUAGGAGGAAAGCUAUGGCCUGAGGGACAGUCUGUUUGUACUGUCAUGCCAACUACUUGGCACUCAUUGUCAUACCAAACAUGUUUUUCUUGACAACGACAGCAGUGGAGUUAGCAAGAGCACAAACAGAUCUGGGAUCAGGAAUGUUAUACCCCAAAACAACAAAAUAUUAUCAUUAAGCACACUAAAGCUAUGUAAUGGUUAUCAAAUGUCCGUCGACAGGAAUCCACUUCAGCUACUAUCAUGUAUUGUGUAAGCUAUACCUGAUACUUACAUGUUUUUACAGUAUUUCCAAUGCCAUCAUGUACAUGCUUUAGGAGCCAUACAGUAGAUCCUGCAAAUACAGACAGCCAGAGUACAGUGAUAGUCUGCAGAACAACAGUAGUCUGUGGAUCAGGCUGGUGUGAAACUGUAGAAACAACACUUACUGUAGGUUUGCUAUUUGUGAACUAAAUUAUUCCAACACCGCCUCGAAUGCGUCCCAAAUGGCACCCUAUUCCCUUUUAGGGAAUAGGGUGCCAUUUGGGACACAAUCCCAUCUCUCUGUGGGUGCAGGAUCUGUUUUGCAUUAGAGGGCUGGGGGAUGACUGUUUUAUUGAGGAGUCCUGGGUUGUAUUCACUAGACACCGAAUGGAAGAAAACAAACCAAAAUGGGAAAGGACUACCUGAACUUGUCCAAUCAGAAACGCACCUUUUCGUUGGCAAAACGUUUUCAAUUGUAAAAAAACUGUUUUGCUACGGUGUGCACACGAGUAGGACUUAAAGCUGUCGUUAAUGGACAGUGGAGAGGCCGGACUUAAGUCUCCAUGACUCAUAACCAUAAAGGGUUGGGGGGUUUCUGUGAUGUCAUUGGGCUUACUCCACUCCCCACUCCAGUAGGAACCAAAUGAUACGUCCGGGCCGGAUGGCCUUGGGCAGAAAUCUACACGUGGAAGCUGCCACGUCAACCAUAUUUUAGUAUCAAUUGGUAAUGGUUACUGAUACUCUUUCUCCAUUGGCAGGACUUCCUGGGUGACAUUUGGGCCGGCACCCGAUUCCCUGUAUUGUGCACUAAUGUUGACACAUUUUGUCAAAAGUAGUGUACACUAUGCAGUGUACUACAUAGUGAAUAGGGUGUGAUUUGGGAUGCAGGCUCACUAUAUGUUACACCCACAGGAAGGCUGUAUAAUAAUGUGUUCAUGAUAGCAGCAAUGCAUUCCUGCUUGUAAUGCAACCAUCAUUCAGCUUAGAGAAACAUCCAAUGUCCAAUCAGUUUACCAUGUUCUUUACCUAUCAUCAUACAUUACUAUUUAAACAGCCACGUUAUCGCUCUCCUUAUCAAAUACAUCAUACAUUACUAUUUAAACAGCCACGUUACUGCUCUCCUUAUCAAAUACAUCGUACAUUACUAUUUAAACAGCCACGUUACUGCUCUCCUUAUCAAAUACAUCGUACAUUACUAUUUAAACAGCCACGUUAUCACUCUCCUUAUCAAAUACAUCGUACAUUACUAUUUAAACAGCCACGUUACUGCUCUCCUUAUCAAAUACAUCGUACAUUACUAUUUAAACAGCCACGUUACUGCUCUCCUUAUCAAAUACAUCGUACAUUACUAUUUAAACAGCCACAUUACUGCUCUCCUUAUCAAAUACAUCAUACAUUACUAUUUAAACAGCCACGUUACCGCUCUCCUUAUCAAAUACAUCAUACAUUACUAUUUAAACAGCCACGUUACUGCAUAUCGGUUUUUAUGAAGGAGCUAUUAGAAGUGUGUAUAUAUAAAUGUAUUUUAUUUGCAUUUUACAUUUUAGUCAUUUAGCAGACACUCUUAUCCAGAGCGACUUACAGUAGUGAAUGGAUACAUUUUUUUUCUGUGCUGGCCCCCCGUGGGAAUCGAACCCACAACCCUGGCGUUGCAAACACCAUGUGUUGCAAACACCAUGCUCUACCAACUGAGCUACAGGGAAGGCUAUUUGAACAUUGUCCAGUACAGAGAUGAUGGGGUUUAUGUUCAUUUCAUUCCAUUGCAUUUUGACUCCAUUGUUAAUCUUUUUUUAUUUGUUUUAAAGCUAAAUAAAUAUGAAAAUGAAUUCAACAACA